AUGGGUGUCUCAAGAACAAAGACAGUCAAGAACAAGCAUGCCUCCAACAAGUCCGGCAUCAGCGGCAGCAAGGCCUCGAAAUCCGGGCCUGUAGAUGGCAUUGUCAAGUCCAGGAAGAAGGGCCCGCCGCCGUCGUCGAAGCCCGGCAAGGGCAAGGGACUCGCGGCGCUGAUGAACAAGAAGAAGAAGAAGACCUACACCGCCGAAGAGCUCGGAAUUCCCAAGCUGAACAUGAUCACGCCCGUCGGUGUCGAGAAGCCCAAGGGCAAGAAGAAGGGCAAGGUCUUUGUGGACGAUCGCGAGAGCAUGAACACUAUUCUGGCCCUGGUCCAGGCCGACAAGGAGGGUGAGAUCGAGUCCAAGAUGAUCAAGGCCCGGCAGAUGGAGGAGAUCCGCGAGGCGCGCAGGGUAGAGACCGAGAAGAAGGAGCAGGAGAGGAAGGCCAGGCUCGACGAGACCAAGGAGUCCCUGCGCAAGAAGAGGAAGAGGACCAAGGCCGACGGCGCUCCUGAUGCCGAUGAGGCCGCCGUCAGGGAUGCCAUGACCGCCGGCAGCAAGGCGGCGAAGCCCAAGAAGAAGAGGGUUGCUUUUGCUUGA